AAAUACAGAUUCUUAUUAUAUAUAUGUAGACAAAUUAUACAUAUAUGUAUUCGCAAUGAGUGCAAUCAAUCUGAUGCUUUUAUAAUUGAUCUUGUACUUCCUAAAAUGAAUAGGUAUACUUCUUACUACUUUAUAAAUCAGCGAAGAACACACGUAAAAAAUUUUAUUUAGGACAGUUAAUGUACGAAAUAAGAAGGAAGCGCAUCGUAAAUCGCUUUUAUAACGUUUUCGACUGAUAUUUUAUAGAAUCAGGGAAUAUAUACAUAUAUUUUUUAUUGUUAAUUGUUGAUUUUCCCUGGUUUAAACGGUGAUAUGUCCUUAAUUAUGAAUAAAAUGGCUACAAUAAGUUAUUUAUUGAUACUUUGAAGUCAUUUACAACAUUUCUUAUGACUUUCUUAAAUUUAUUAAGGAGUCGAUUUCUCCUUGGAAUUAUUACUGACACAUAUUUGCUUAUGUACAUAGAGCAUACAAUAAAAUAAAAAAUAAGUUCGCAUAAAGCUAUAUAUGAAGUACGAAGAAAAACUACGCAGAACAAAAUCCUCGGGGUAUACACAGGAAUGGAAAGCAAGCGGGUAGAUAUAAGGAGGUCGUGUUUCAUUGGCACACUCAGUUUAUUACUCGAUCUACAUAGCAGAUCAGACCGUAUUAUAAGAGCACGCAAAUUAGCAUUUCACAAUGAAAAGUGAAUUAUUGUUGCAAUUUAUUUUAGUUUUACCGAUAUUGCUAGUUCCUAUGUCUGAAGGAUUUUUCUUCGAACACCCUAAAAAGCUAUUAAUGGAUUUGUUUCAAUCGUCAAAAGAAAAAAAAGAAGCAAGAAAGAGGCCUCAUAUAGAUCAUUAUCAUGUACAUUAUUAUCCAGUAACAAUCCCUAUAUUUGAACCACUGGUGAAAGCACCUAAAAAACAUAAACUGGAAGAAAUAUAUCACAACCAACUGGAAACGAUUGGGUGGUCCAGUCACGAAUAUAAAUAUAUUCCUGAACCUAAAAUUAAAACUUUUAGUUUAUAUGAUUCGUGGAAAAAUUCUGUGCCCUGCAAAAAAGAAAUUUUAGAAACAGAUCUUUUUGAAAUAAUGAACAACAGCGAGGACGAAAAUGUAUUGUACAUACACCCCUCCACUCACAAGUAUUAAAAUACACAAAAAAAGAGUACCUAAAAAAUCAUUAGAAAAUUAUUAAAAUCUUUAAAAGUUAUUAUCUCGUUUGAAAUGUUAGAUUAUAAAGAACCUAUACAUAUAUUCGAUAUGACAAUAAAAAAAUGCAAAUUAUCUGUAUUAAAAUUAAAUCUUUAAUCAAUCUUGACAUUACUAAACAUUUUAUUAGACAUAUUUAGUGUUAUUUAGUCUUAGUUUAGUAAAUAUUCUGUGAAUAAUAAGUGCCACAUUCAUAAUAUUUAGGUUUUUUAUACUGAUAUUUUUGACACUGAUUAUAUUUGAUACUGAUUUUUAUACUUAAGGAUUUUACAAGAUAAAAAUCUGUUGACGUAAAAAUCUUUAUUUUUUAAGUUUACUUUUGUAAACUCUAGCGUGUCAAAAAUAUACCUUAUGAUGUUGAAUAUGUAUCGUAAAAUUUAUUAAAUACUGCAUUAUGCGUUAAUUAGAAUUAGAGAUUGGUUCAAUAAAAUAAAAAUAUAUUUUUAUUUCCUUGUCA